AUGGUUCAAGAAAGCACAAUGAUUUGGUCAGUCAAAAAUUAUUUUUUUGUUUACUUUUGUUUGAAUUCAGUGUUGACAACUCGGAAUGGAUGCGAAAUGGAGAUUAUACUCCAACUCGGCUGCAGUCGCAACAGGACGCCGUCAACCUCAUAAUGCAAUGCAAAUUGCGGGCGAAUCCUGAAAAUGCGGUCGGUCUGCUUUCUAUGGCUGAGUAUGUUUUAAUCAAAUAUUUUCGUAUAAAAUUUUUUUUUAGCAAUGUUCAAGUUUUAUCGAGCAUGUCGACGGAAAUCAGCCGUUUGCUCAUGAAAACGCAUCAACUCGAGCCUCAUGUCAGUCCAUUUUAUGAUUGA